UCUUUGUCUCUGCCUCUUCCCUUCCUCUUCUUUAAAAGCUACCACCUUUGUUGCUCUUUCUCAACCCAAUCCACACAAUUCGUCAAGCUGCUGUAUCGUAUCAGUGCUCUGCGUCGUUGCGGCAUUUCUACAAACAGAUGGACUUCGUCAACCUACUGUAUGUCGUUGCCGCCGCAGUGGCGGCGGCCGAGUGGUGGCGGCGCUGUUCUCGCAACCCGGAGGGCCUGCCGCCCGGGCCUCCCGGCUGGCCCCUGGUGGGAAAUCUAUUCCAGGUCAUCCUCCAGCGGCGGCCCUUCAUGUACGUCGUGCGCGACCUCCGGCUAAAGUACGGCCCCAUCUUCACCAUGCGCAUGGGACAGCGCAUCCUCAUCGUCGUGACAUCCGCAGAUCUCAUCCACGAGGCGCUGGUCCAGAAGGGCCCGCUCUUCGCCAGCCGCCCCGCCGACUCGCCCACCCGCCUGCUCUUCAGCGCCGGGAAGUGCACCGUCAACUCGGCCUCCUACGGCCCACUCUGGCGCGCCCUGCGCCGCAACUUUGUGACGGAGAUUGUGACGCCCACGCGGGUAAAGCAGUUCGGGUGGAUCCGGGACUGGGCCAUGACCAACCACCUCGCCCGCCUCCGCGCGGAGUUUGCGGCCGCCGGUGCGGUGCAGGUCAUGGCCAACUGCCGCCUCACCAUCUGCAGCAUUCUCGUCUGCAUCUGCUUCGGCGCACGCGUUCCCGAGGAACACGUUCGCCUCAUCGAGGAGGUGCUCAAGGAGGUAAUGAUGAUGACGAUGCCGAAGCUGCCGGACUUCCUCCCGGUGUUCACGCCAUUCUUCCGCAGGCAGCUGGCGGAGGCGGGGAAGCUACGGAAGCGACAGAUGGAGUGCCUUGCGCCGCUAGUGAGGACUCGGAGAGCGUUCGUAGAGGCCGGCGGGAAGAAGCUAGAGGAAGGCGGAUCGAACACGAAAUGGGAAAUGGUGAGCGCGGAAGGGGAGGCGUACGUGGACUCGCUGCUGCGGAUGGAGUUGGCCGGGAAGGGGCGGCUGGGGGAGGAGGAGCUGGUGACGCUCUGCUCCGAAGUGAUGAGCGCCGGCACCGACACGAGCGCGACGAUGCUGGAAUGGGCGAUGCUCCAUCUGGUGCUCGACCAGGCGGCGCAGCAGCGGCUCUACGAAGAGAUCGUCGCGGUGAUCGGCGCCGACAAGUGCCGGAAGAUUACCGAAGCCGACGUCGAGGCCAUGACAUACCUACAGGCGGUGGUGAAGGAGACGAUGCGGCGGCAUCCGCCCAGCCACUUCGUGCUGUCGCACGCGGCGACGCAGGAGACCGAGCUCGGCGGCCACCGCAUACCGGCGGACGCCAGCGUGGAGUUCUACACGGCGUGGGUGACGGAGGACCCGUCGACGUGGGCCGACCCCGGCGAGUGGCGGCCGGAGAGGUUCCUCCAGGGAGGCGACGGCUGGGACACCGACGUCACCGGCACCCGCGGCAUCCGCAUGAUGCCCUUCGGCGCGGGCCGCCGCAUCUGCCCCGCCGCCACCCUCGGCGUCCUCCACAUCCACCUCACGCUUGCCAGGAUGGUGAGGGAGUUCCAGUGGCUUCCGGUGCCCGGCGAGCUGCCGCCCACCACCGCCGAGACCUUCGCCUUCACCGUCGUCAUGAAGGACCCCCUUCGAGCCGCCAUCGUCGACAGAGAAUAAUAAUAACACUAAUAUAAUCCCUCCCUAGCUACCAUGCAUUUCAUGAAUAUAAAACAUUAAUUAAUUAAUUAAUUAUAUCAAUUCCUACUAUUAUUAGAAGAAUACUAAUUUAAUUAAAUGUGUCUAAUCAAUGUCUUCGCAGAUCAACGAUGUCGCUGCAAACGAAUUCAUGUGACAUAUUAAAUGGCGAGAAUAAAUGGAA